AUGGAGCGGGCCUUGAAGCUGACGUGCCCAGAAAGCUCUCAGCAUGCUGCUGCCUUACAGGUCGGAAGUACCCUGGAGACGCUGUGUCCACCAGAAUCCCUUGUCCAGCUUGAUCGCAAGGGAAACCUUGACCUUCUGGAAGCUGAGCUCCCGAGAGGGCCUGGACGGGAGUGGCCCUGGGUCACACGGAUCUGCCUGUUUCUCCACAAAAGGCAGAGGGGGACAGAGAGGAGGUGGAGUGAUUCAGAUGUGGACCUUCACAGCCGGGUGACUGUGUGCCAGAGCCAAGGCGACAAGCAUCUGGAUAAAGAUGAACUGAAGUUUGAAGGAGUGGGGCAGGUUCAACAAACACAAGGUUACGCCAUUGCCGUCGUCCUCAUCAUCUCUGUCAUCAUCACUCCCAGUCCUUUGGUUUUCUGGAAUUCUGCGUCUCGGUGCACUUGCUCCUGUGAAUGCGUCCCACUGCGGUACCUGGGGCAUUCAGUCCUGUGGCUGCAGGCAAAGGGCUGCGAUGAGGUCAGUCCCUCCUCCAAGAGAAUCAUACUGUUUCUUGGUGAGAGGGAGGCCCGGACAGCGCUGCUGCUGCCCCAGGUCCUGCACCUGGCUCCUGCCCCAGCGCUGCUCCUGCCCCAGGUCCUGCCCCAGGUCCUGCACUUGGCUCCUGCACCAGCGCUGCUCCUGCCCCAGGUCCUGCACCUGGCUUCUGCACCAGCACGGCUCCUGCCCCAGCUCCUUCCCCAGGUCCUGCCCCAGUGCUGCUCCUGCCCCAGCCAAAUACAAAAGCGGCUGGGAAGCGGCGGCCGCGCGAGUUCCCAGCGCCGGGCGGAGCGCCGCGGCCGCGAUGGGGCCGAGGCGCCCGCAGCCCCGCAGCCGCCACGCCGCCGGGCCCGCCUCGCCGCCGGGACCCGGGCGCCCGGGCGCGGCUUGAAGCGGCGGCGGCCCCCGCGCGGCCCGCGGGGCUCGGGCAGGAGGAUGCGCGACGCGGCCGCCGCCGCCGCCGCCGCCGCGGGGCUCUGGCUGCUGGCGCUCGGCUCGCUGCUGGCGCUGCGGGGCGGGCUCCCGGCGCCGCGCAGCCCGCCGCCCGCCGACCGGCUCCCGCGGCGCCCGGGCCCCGCGCCCCGGCCCCCCCCGGCCCCGGCCCCGGCGCGGGACGCCCGCGGCGGCUCCCCGAAAACUUUCCGGGCGCUGCUCACCUUGGCGGCCGGCGCGGGCGGCGCGGGCGGCGCGGCGCGGGGGCCCCCGGGCGGGCGCGAGGGGCGCGCGGCGGUGCGCGGGGGCGUCUUCUGGAGCCGCGGCCUGGAGGAGCGGGUGCCCCGCGGCUUCUCGGAGGCGCAGGCGGCCGCGUGGCUGGAGGCGGCGCGCGGCGCGCGGGUGGUGGCCCUGGAGCGCGGCGGCUGCGGGCGCAGCUCCAACCGGCUGGCCCGCUUCGCCGACGGCACCCGCGCCUGCGUGCGCUACGGCGUGAGCCCCGAGCAGAUCCAGGGCGAGGCCCUGUCCUUCUACCUGGCGCGCCUGCUGGGCCUCCAGCGCCACGUGCCGCCGCUGGCCCUGGCCCGCGUGGAGGCUCGCGGCGCGCAGUGGGCGCAGGUGCAGGACGAGCUCCGCGCCGCGCACUGGGCGGAGGGCAGCGUGGUGAGCCUGACGCGCUGGCUGCCCAACCUCACGGACGUGGUGGUGCCCGCGCCCUGGCGCUCCGAGGACGGCCGGCUGCGGCCGCUGCGGGCCGCCGGGGGCGAGCUGGCCAACCGCAGCCAGGCGGAGCUGGUGGACCUGGUGCAGUGGACCGACCUGAUCCUUUUCGACUACCUGACGGCCAACUUCGACCGGCUGGUCAGCAACCUCUUCAGCCUGCAGUGGGACCCGCGCGUCAUGCAGCGCGCCACCAGCAACCUGCACCGCGGCCCCGGCGGGGCGCUGGUCUUUCUGGACAACGAGGCGGGCCUGGUGCACGGCUACCGGGUGGCGGGCAUGUGGGACAAGUACAACGAGCCGCUGCUGCAGUCGGUGUGCGUGUUCCGCGAGCGGACGGCGCGGCGCGUGCUGGAGCUGCACCGAGGCCGGGACGCGGCCGCGCGGCUGCUGCGCCUCUACCGGCACCACGAGCCUCGCUUCCCGGAGCUGGCCGCGCUCGCCGACCCCCACGCGCAGCUGCUGCAGCGCCGCCUCGACUUCCUCGCCAAGCACAUUUUGCACUGCAAGGCCAAGUACGGCCGCCGCCCCGGGACUUAGCAUCCCCGCCCCCGGCAGCCCCCCCGCACCCCGGAGGAGAGGGCGAGAGGCCCCCCGGGCCGGGGGAGGCGGGACGCGCGGCGCGGAGCGGGAAGGGCCGCCGCCCCGGCCACCGGCCAACGCCCAGCCCGUGGCUCCGGGCCGCCAGGAGGCUGAAACUUCUCCUCGGCUGCACCCACCUGCCCUGCCCCUUGCUCUCCAUCUCGUGCCGUCUCCUUUCAAAGUUCGCGGAGGACGGCGUCUCCGGGGCGAGAAGUGGAACGUUCCCCCGGCCCAGCCUGCGGGAGGACGCUGCCCUGUGGCCGCACCGAGUUUGGAUCCGGAGACACCCGCCGCCGCCGGAGGAGUGUGCACCCCCACCCCCACCCCCACCCCGCCCCGGGUGGCCGGCCGUCUCGGUGGGAGAUGCGUCCCAUCCCUUGCCUCUCCCCCACCCCCACCCCCACCCCCAUUCCCUCUCCGAAAAAGGAAAACUUCUGUUGGAGCCGUUGAGCUAAUUUGUGCGUUUCCCACCCAACGCUGCGCUGGUGGCCCGGAGCUGGGCUGUGACAUCGGCUGGCGCAGCCCCCUUCCUGUGCUCUGCCUUUGUUCCGGCGGCGGCGUGAUGGUGAGAUCACUGUUAGGGGCUGGGGGAAGGCUCCCGGUAGGACAAAGGGAGCAGGACCUUCAGAACCCGGAGGGGGGGGGGGUCUCCGCUGACCCUGACCAGGUGCCUGCCUUGCUCCUAACCACAUGCCCUUUGGGCCUAAAGCCUCCAGAUUGCAGGACCCUCCGUCGGCUCCGAGUCAAGUAGUGGAUUUCUCCCUCCCCUCCUCCCCUCCGACCAAAAUUUUGACAAUGAUGAUGUUCACCAGAAGCAAAUGAGUUUCAUGCACUUUACUUUGUUUUGUUUUUUUUUUUUAAUUUUAGUUUUUUUUUUAAUCAGGAGAAACUUUUUUUAUUUGACAAAAUUUGCCUUCUGUGUAUAUAUGUGCAUAAAGCGUGUUGUAAAUAUACUAAACAAACUUAUAUUUCAAUAAAAGGGAGUUUAAAAUUUAGAGAAUUUCAUUUCCGUGCUUUUCCGCUGUGGGAGAUCACCGACGCCCCUCCCCGCUUUUCGAAUUAGCUUUAGGGUUUCUCCCUUGUGGACGUGCUUUAUAAAAACAAAGGAUGCCUAUAUACCCCAGUUGUGAGGGCCGGGAACGUACAGGAAUGAACAAAGACGGAGCGGUUUCUCUGCCCUGUUUGCUCAAAUGAACCCUAGGGC